ACUCAGUCUUGCCUUGGCUCUGGUCGGAAACGAUAACCAAAGAAGCACAAAUACCGCAGCGCCCCUGCCCGCCCGACGAGUGAGUGGAAAAGUGUGAAAAAGGCUACACGAUCCUUGGCGUUCGUGCGGCAAUAUGUGGGCGUUCAAAUAUGUUUUAUGUGCCCUGACAUGCGUUGCAUUUGCUGCAGCGGCACUGCAGGACUGUGAGGUGGCGCCAUUGGUGAGGCAUGCCACGGCAACGAUAGCCCUGACUGAUGACACAAUCACAGCCGUCUACAAGUGCAAGGCGGGCUUCGAGCUGAGGGGAUCGGCCGAGCUGAGCUGUAACGAGGAGACAGACAAAUGGCAGGGAGAGCCGCCCAGCUGUGUGAAGGCUGCAGCAGACACAGAGCGCAAGAGGAGCUAUCUGGACAUACCGGAGGAGCCGAGGGUGCCGCCGCCAGUGGCUGCCACUCUGGACGUAAGCUGCAUCGAGGCAAAGGUCAUGGCGCCCGAGAUCAGCCACGGAGCGGUGAUCAAAUACGCGCGUCGCCGCAGUGGCGAGAAGAUCUUCCUCGUGGCCUACUUUGCCUGCAACGAGAACUACGAGUUCGAGUCUCUGGAUAACAUAUUCAUGUACUGCCGCGAGAAGCAGUGGGUGGGCGAGCUGCCCACCUGCAUUCCCCUGGUCGAGUACGACCUGAAUGACACGGAUCCUUAUGGCGACGACUACGAUGAGUACGAGACCAUCAGCACUGACAGCGACAACGACAGCGACAACGACAACGACAACAAUAGCGAAAUUUUUGGUGCAGGGGAGACAAAGGUGACUGAGAGCGAACCGCCGCCACCGCCACCGCCGCCAGUCGAAGAGGAAGUUGCGGAGUCCGCGGAGGAGGCAACAGCCCCCACAGAAGCGCCCAAAGAACCAGUUGUGGAGCCACAGCCAGAAGUGAUCGAGGAGCCACAACCAGAGCCCGAAAUUUUGGUGCAAAUCGGUGAAGAGGAACCAGCUGAAAGUGCCCCUGAACCGGCAGUCAAGGACGAAGGUGACGUAGCCGCUGCCAAAGAUCCGUACACACCUCUUUUGCUGGACGAGAACUGCGGCGAAGAUCGCGGCGGAUGCGCGCACAUAUGCCAGCGUCUCCUGUAUCCGGACGAGAAUGAACCCGUUCUGAAGUGCAGCUGCCGCGAGGGCUACACCCUGGAUCCCAGUGAUUAUGUCAGCUGUCUUGAUAUCGAUGAGUGCCAGGAGUCGAAUGGAGGCUGCUCAGAGAUUUGCAUCAAUCAGCCAGGCGGCUCUCAGUGCGCCUGCCAAGAGGGCUACCAAAUAGACGCCUCCACGGGAAAAAGCUGCGUGGACAUUGACGAGUGCUCCAAUGUGGCGUUGUCUUCCGCUUGCCCGAAUGGCUGUGAGAACCUGCCCGGAUCCUAUCGCUGUGUGGACGAGGCCGCCACUGAAGUGUCCGAGCCCACUGAGGAGGACAACGAGAUACCAGUGGAAACGGAGGCCAGCAGCCCCAAAGUGAAGUGCAACAGUGGGUUCCAGCUCUCGGCCGAUGGCAGCCAGUGCCUGGACAUUGACGAGUGCGACACGAAGGAUGGCGAGGACAAGCAUCGCUUGUGCCAGCAAAAGUGCCAGAACACCAUUGGCUCGUAUCGCUGCCACUGCCAUGCGGGCUACCAUCUGCUGGAGGAUCAGCAGAGCUGCGCCGUGGACGGAUGCGAGGACCUGGACAAUCCGAAGCUAAAUCGCACGCGCUGUGCCCACGAGUGCGAGAACCUGCCCAAUGGCCAGUACAAGUGCAAGUGCCCCCCGGGCUAUGAGCUGGCCGAAGAUCUGCACAGCUGCUUGGUGGUGGAGUCGCCCUGCAUCACGGAGCACGGCAACGAGAGCUGUCGUCCGGGCAGCUGUGUGCCCAGCGAGGACAGAAGCAGCUUCAGCUGCCACUGUCCCCCUGGCUAUGACAGCGAGGUCUCCAGCUGCAGGGACAUCGACGAGUGUGCGCAGGAGAGCCAUCUGUGCAGCCACAGUUGCCUCAACACGGAGGGUGGCUAUCAGUGUCUGUGUCCUGGGGGGCUGACCCUCGUCGAGGAGUACACGUGCGUGGCCGAGGAUCUGUGCGAGGUCAACAACAAUGGAUGCGAGCAGAUCUGCCUGGCGGCACGUGGCGGGGCCUGCGCCUGUCGCGACGGCUACCGCCUCGGCGCGGACGGCAAGGGCUGUCAGGACGUGGACGAGUGUGCGGCGGAGAACGCUGGCUGCCAGCAGGUGUGCCGCAAUCUGCCAGGUAGCCAUGCCUGCGCCUGCGAGCGGGGCUACGAGCUGUCCGCCGACGGCAGGAGCUGCCAGGACAUAGACGAGUGUGCGGGACUGCUGUCGGGCGGCUGCACCCACGAGUGCAUCAACAAGCAAGGCAGCUUCGAGUGCGGCUGCCCCCUGGGCUACAUACUGCAGGAGGACCAGCACAGCUGUCGCCCCGCCCUGGUUGGCUGUCCGCCCGGCAGUCAGCGGACAGCCACCUCCGAUGGUUGCGAGCCCAUAGACUGUGGCCUGGGCCUGCUGCUCGGCGCCGAUGGCAGCUGUGUGGACGUCGACGAGUGCCAACUGAACAAUGGCGGCUGCUCGCAUCGUUGUGAGAAUGCCCAAGGCUCCUUCCGGUGCGCCUGCCCAGCCGGCUAUCAGCUGGACAGCGAUCUCAGGACGUGUCAGGAUGUGGACGAGUGUGCGCUGGACAAGGCGAGCUGUCCGGCUGGCGCCUGUGUCAACGAGCCUGGCGGCUUCCGUUGUGAGUGUGGCUUCGACAAGAGACUCUCCAUUGAUGGCAGGACUUGCCUGGAUGCGCCCCAGCCACCAAGGGCUUCGCCUCUUCCCGAGCUGCCAAAAUCAAAGCCAUUUCCCUCACUACCCGAGCUGCCAAAAUCAAAGCCAUUUCCCUCAUUUCACGGGCUGGACAAGGCGCCAAAGUAUCCUUCCGCUGCUCCAGAAACACCAAGGUUUCCAUCCAUUGGAUCAGUGAACAGCAGACUGCCGCAGAUUCCCUGGGUGAGUCAGUCACAGCCACAGCCACGGGAUGUCUGUCCCCGCUUCCAGGCGCCGCGGAACGGCAAGGUCCACUGCGACAGGUAUCGCCACAAGCGAUUGCAAUUCUACAACACCCGCUGCAGGGUCAGCUGCAAUGCCGGCUACACCCUCCACGGAUCGGAGAUCAGGAGUUGCGGAUCCGCCGGUGUUUGGCAGGGCCCGGAGAGCAAGUGUGUGCCGAUAUGUCCGGCCCUGAAACCAGCCCGCAAUGGUGUCAUCAGCCCAGCCAGCUGUACGCAAGGUCCUUCCGCACUUUGGACCACCUGCAUCUUGCAGUGCAAUGCUGGCUUUCAGCCCACUGGACCCUCGAUGACCUCCUGCAUGUCGCUGCAGGGCUGGGACUUUGGAUCCGAACUCAGCUGUAAGCCGUUCGGCAGGAUCUUCUUCAGCAAUCAACUGCCCGAACUGGGCCAACGGAUCCGAGCGCAGUUUCUGCAGACAGCCACAAGCGUUCGGCCCUACAUCAGGUGUCCCGAGAAUGUGGUCAUCCGACUGCAGCGCGGACAGCUCAAGGCUAAGGUGACGCUGCAGCGGCCCCAGACCAAUCUGGACUACCGCAAUGUGGCCGUGUCUCCCGUCUUGGGCAAGCAGCUGGAGGCUCACCUCUCGGCUGGUGUCCACAGGAUUGAGUUCCGUGCUGAGGACCCACAGACGGGCCAGAGUGCCGCCUGUCAGACGAUCAUCACCAUCAAGGCGCCGCCAACGACCGAGUUCAAUCCGUUCACAUUUUCCUCCGCUCCACUCGGCCGUCAUUUCAAGUUCUCCACACCCGCUGCAUAUCCGACACUGUCCGGGUCCCAACAAUUUGCCAGAAUAUCUGCACUACCUGAACCAUCCGCGCCAUCGGUUGCCUCUGGCCCAGUGGCCUUCCCCGGGCUGGACACCGCUCCUGAGCGCAGCGAGAGCUACCGGGUGGAGCUGGGCUCAGACACAGCUAACUAUUGCCCGCCCUCGAUCGAGGUGCAUCUGAAGGAGAAUCAGAAUCUGCGUUCGGUUGUCUGGGAGCCGCCCCGCUUCGAGGGCAAGCUGUUGAAGAUCUUCAAGUCCCAUUUCCCUGGCGCCUUGUUUAGACUGGGCGAUCAUGCCAUCAAGUACGAGGCAACCACCACUGAUGGUCAGACCCUCACCUGCAUUUUCCACAUUCAUGUCAAGCCUGCCAAGCAGACACCACAACCUGCACGGCCAGAGAUUUCCUUUUCCGAAUCGGAGUCCGAGUCGGCGCCAGCACCACUUAGGGAGAUGCCCGCCGCCAGCAGCAGUCACGAGUCCUAUGUGGUCUGUCCCGACAAAGAGCCCGUUCGAGUGACGGCCCACCAAUCCGUCAACCUGCCCGUGGGCUGCACACUGAAGAACGUGCGCCCACAAUCGAUGCCCCAGGCGCAGGUGAAACGCGGCACCCUCACCUCGCUGUGGCACAGAUACAAUGCAAAUUUCUAGAGCCCAAUACUUAGGGUAUAAACUAUGUAUCUUCCCAUAGCAAUUGAGGGGAGGCGCCGCUUAUGCAAAUACUUUUGUAUAUCUUUUUUUAAUGCUUA